AUAUUGUUAAACACCCAUUGACACAAAUGACUGUUGGGUGCUUUGACUUUGGUGUGAAAUUUAAUCACCUUGAUAUUUAAAGUGGUAUGGGUUCGAUUUCUAGUAGUAACUCACUUUUUUUUCUUAAAGAAAGUGAGCAUCCACAACCUUUAAAUUCCGAAUCCGCCCCUGCUUCUCGCCAACAAAAUUAAACCAGAAAAAAGGUAGUACUAUAUAAUAUGGUAAUUAUAGCUCAUACCAAGGGUAUAAAAGUAAUUUGAUGUAACAAAGUGAAAUUGAUUCUUGGCUUUUCUAUUCAUCAUGAACCUACUUUAGCUUCCCUACUUUUUCUAUAUAAUCAUUCACUUGGCUUCUCUUUCUUUCCCCCCCUUUCUCUCCUCCCCCCUUAUCACUCCAAAGUACUUCUUUGCUAAGGUUCUUGAUAUUUUCUUUAGACCAAAAAAAAAAAAAUAUUAUGGAGAAGAAAAUGGCUAAUUUUGCUAGUAGAAACAUGAAGAAAAGUCCUUCUAUAUUGGCUAUGGAAGAAUUUUAUGGACAAGAUGCAAAAAAUAGUGAUGGUUUUGGAGCAAGUGAUCAUCAUCAUCAACAACAAAGUACCAAUAAUAAUAAUAACAUUAAUCAUCAUGACAACAACAACAAUAACAACAACAAUGGUCAUCAUCAUGCUCAACUUUUUGGUGAUAUUUGUUCUAUUGAUCCCUCAUUUACUAUGAGAAAUCAGGACAUAUUAAAUGGUUUCUCAAAUUGUGGAAUGACAGAAAGGCCCCUUUGGUCUCCAAAUAUUACUCCCAAGCAAUCCAGUAUAUCUGUUACUGUGGAUUCACAAUCUUCAAUAUGUGCUGGGAGUCCAACACCAACUAUAAUAAUGACACCCAAAGCAAGAGAUAAUCAAACAAUGGGAGCAAAUAGUGGGUCCUACCAAUCAGAUGAUGAUGACGUGGAUGGUGAAGUGGGUCCCUGUGAACAAAGCACUGACCCUUUGGACAUUAAACGUAUAAGAAGGCAAGCCUCUAAUAGGGAGUCUGCAAGGCGAUCGAGAAGAAGAAAGCAAGCACAUAUGGCUGAUCUCGAAAAUCAGGUUGAUCAAUUUAGAGGUGAAAAUGAAUCAUUGUUCAAGCAAUUAGCAGAUGCUACACAACAAUACAAAGAUGCUUUGACAAAUAAUAGAGUGCUCAAAUCAGAUGUGGAAGCAUUAAGAGCCAAAGUGAAGUUGGCUGAGGACAUGGUAGCUAGAGGUUCAUUAACCUCAAGUUUAAGUCAUCUACUCCAAAAUUACUUGAACACUCCUCAAUCACUUGGUACCACCACCACCACCAACAAUAAUAAUACAAUGUGUCGUCUGGAUAACGUAUCUCCAACCAUCACUGUCCCAGGAGAAGACUCAUGGGGUGUAAUUUCAAGCCAAAAUGUGAUGAUCGGAGUCGAUAAUAAUAAUGUUAAUGCAUUCAAUCAAAAUGGAGCAAUGAGUGAUACAGUAAGUUGUGUUUCAGAUGUUUGGUCCUGGGAAUAAUAUGUUAAAGUUGUGGUAUUUUAUGUAUGAUUAUAGACAAUAUUAGCUUUGUUGUAUGUGAGACUUAUCAUAGUUGUAACUAUUUAAGAACUUUUUAUAUGUUUGGUUUUGCCAAUAUUAUGAACUUUGAUUUAUGUAUAAUUAUUAUUUGAUCUAGGGAAAACUAUGGUUUUUAUCUAUCGAUUAAUGUAUAUCGCGUUAUUAUUCAA